AUGGCGGCCCCCUUGGAACUCAGCUGCUGGGGAGGGGGCUGGGGGCUCCCGUCGGUCCACAGCGAGUCCUUGGUGGUGAUGGCUUACGCCAAGUUUUCUGGCGCACCCUUGAAAGUCAGUGUCAUAGAUAACACCUGGAGAGGUUCAAGAGGAGAUGUACCAAUUUUGACCACUGAAGACAAGAUUGUUUGUCAGCCAGCAAAAAUACUGAACUUUUUAAGAAAACAGAAAUAUAAUGCUGAUUAUGAACUCUCAGCAAGACAAGGGGCAGAUACCCUGGCUUACAUUGCUCUCCUUGAAGAGAAGCUUCUUCCUGCAGUGCUUCACACAUUCUGGGUUGAGAGUGACAAUUACUUUACUGUGACAAAGCCAUGGUUUGCUUCACGAAUCCCCUUUCCCUUGAGUUUGAUCCUUCCUGGAAGAAUGUCUAAGGGAGCACUGACUAGGAUUCUCCUGACCAGAGGAGAGCCUCCCCUCUACCAUCUCCAAGAAGUGGAAGCACAGAUAUACAGAGAUGCCAAGGAGUGCCUAAAUCUUCUGUCAAACAGAUUGGGAACAUCUCAGUUUUUCUUUGGAGAUACGCCUUCUACCUUGGAUGCCUAUGUGUUUGGUUUUCUCGCACCUCUUUAUAAAGUACGCUUCCCUAAAGUUCAGUUACAAGAACAUUUGAAACAGCUCUCCAACCUGUGUCGCUUUUGUGAUGACAUCCUAAACACUUAUUUUAGGCUUAGUCUUGGAGAUGGAUGA